GUAGAGUCUGGAUACACGAGGGAGCGGAAGCGAAUUCUUUUUGUAGAAGUUAUCACAACAUCGUUAUGUGGUACUCACAUCUUCAAAAGUCGUAUUUACAUACCACUAUAAAUAUCCUAAAAAACGCACCACAUAAUCUGAAAGGCAAGAGUACCUCUGAACAACGUUGGAUAGUUCGGCAGCUCAAGGAUCCUUUUGUCAAAGCAGCCCAUGUGCACAACUACCGGUGUAGGAGCGCUUUCAAGCUCUUGGAGAUCGAUGACAAAUUUAAGAUUUUAAAACCUGGACUAAAUGUCAUAGAUUGUGGUGCUGCACCAGGCGCCUGGAGCCAGAUAGCAGUUCAAAGGGUCAAUUCUGCUGGGACUAAUCAAGAAUUACCACGCGGCACUGUGUUUGGUGUUGAUCUACUCCGUGUGUCACCUCUGGACGGAGCCCACUUUCUGUCCAACCAUGACAUUACUGACCCCAGCACACAUGCCAAGCUACUUGAGCUCCUCCCGGGUGGUCAGGCUCAUGUCAUUCUGAGUGACAUGGCGCCCAAUGCCAGUGGUUUUAAAGAGAUGGACCACGAGCAACUUGUCUCCAUGUGUGCAUCAUUGAUUGAUUUGGCUAAGAAGGUUUUGAUUCCUGGAGGCUCUCUGAUAUGUAAAUACUGGGAUGGGGCUCUCACACAACAGCUUCAUGAUAAACUGUUAGCUGUCUUCCGUGAAAUCCGGACUAUUAAACCAAAAGCCUGCAGAAAAGAAUCUGCUGAAAAGUUUUUCCUCGCUAAAAUGUAUAGAGGAAUAGAUUCCUGAAUUUUCUGUAUAUAAAACACGUCUUCACAAUAUUUGGAGCAGUUGACUUUGAUGGCUUGAUUUUAUUAUUUAUUAUUAUUUUAAACUAGUGUUGUAAAUUUAGGGAAAUGGCGACUUGAUUCUGAAUUCUUGAAAAGCAAGAUUCUCCACCAGGAGAUGGCACUCUUAAGGUGUCCAUAAGAUGUGAAAGCGUUGUCCAUUUUUUCAGUUUCUUCCUUGUCAAAACGUUAUGUUAUGAAGUGCACACAUUAUUUCUUUGAACACAUUUCUCUAGUUUAGUAUUUGCAAUGCAUAUAAUCUGCUCUACUAGCCAUGUAGAAGUAUGUAAUAAUUCCCUCAUUAUAGGCUUAGAAAAGUAAAAUGAUGUGGAUAAAAGAAUCAUAGACAGCGUGACUAAUGGAAAGCCUCAGUCUACUAAAGCUGUGUAUUAUAAACAGUCUCGGGCAGUCUUUUGAGACUGAAGAGUCUGUAUUCCUUGAAAUUAUGUUUGCCCAGUAAACUGCUAUUCCGAUUGCAGCUAUUCACAAUAUGAGUGAGCUCAAUACUUUGGGAUGCAAUGUUCUGGUUGCAUUUUCACUAUGCCUUAUUUCUCCGUUGGCUUGAAUGCUUCUGUGAUGAUACUGCUCUCAGUGUUUGAAAUCAUCCUGUCGUUUAUGAAUGGAACAAAUGUAUUAUAACAGAUUGCACUAUGAGAUGUUGGGAUCUGAUGGAUGGAUCUAAACUGGGUCUUAAUAAAACAUAAAAAAAAUAACUGUUCACUGAACUAUGUAACAUUCUUGGUUGUCACAGACCAAGCUAUCAUAUACUGUGAUCUGCACAAGAUGCUGCAAAGUCCUCUAUGUUGUAGAUUAACGGUUAAUUGCAAUCCACUGAUCUAAUCCACAUCCAUAUUUAGUAGAUGAGGUGUUCAUGUAUGCUUAAAAGACACCGCUGCAUUUCUAUGUUGCUUGUGAUAAUACCUUAAAAGUGAUUCUAUAAAAAAAUCUAAUAUAACAGAAUCUUACAAUUUGGGUUGUCCUUAGCAGUGUUACAAAACAUUUCCUUUAUACAAUGCUCA